GGAUCAGUAGUGGAUCAGUAGUGGAUCAGUAGAGGAUCAGUCGUGGAUCAGUCGAGGAUCAGUAGAGGAUCAGUAGUGGAUCAGUAGUGGAUCAGUAGUGGAUCAUAUUACUGAAAUGUUUUAUGUUCAUUUCAUAUGCAGAUGAGGCAUUAUCUAAAGGUAACUAUUUAAAGGUCAUCUUCAGACGCAAACUGUUUACAUUGUAUUUUUUAAGUACAUUUUAAUGAACAAUUAUCUUGCAGAAUUUUACUGAGAUUGUUUAUGAUUCAUAUUUACUUUUUUUAUUGUUAAGAUUUAUUAUUUUUACCAAUUUAGCUUUUAAUUAUUUAAGCUUUUUCUUAUUUUUUAAAUGCUUUUUUUCUAUUCUUCAUUGUAAACGAGGUCUCUGUCGUCAUAUAUUUCAUCUGUAACGGUUGAAUGAACGAAUACAAAAAAUCACUAAUUUGCGUCAAAAAGCUUUAAAGGUCAAAAGUGUGGUUUUGACUUAACUUUAUUUAAACAAACAGGUACAUACAGGAACUUUGAACUCUGCAAAGCCUUCUGGGUAACGUGUGUGCGUGCGUGUUCGCGUGCGUGCGUGUGUGCGUUCGUGUUCGUGUGUGUGUGUUCAGGAUGAAGGGCGAGGAGAACACUGUGGUGAGGGACUACGUUCUACCAGACUUCAGCUCCAUCAAGAAAGGAUUCUGUAAGCCUCCAGACGAGAUGGUCUUCAGUGGGAAGUACAAGACCGGGGAGCAGAUCCUGAGACUCGCCAACGAGCGCUUUGCCGUCCCAGAGAUGCUCUUCCACCCGUCGGACAUCGGCCUCCAGGAGACGGGGAUCCCAGAGGCCAUUGUGGACUCCAUCCAGUCUCUGCCUGAAGAGAUGCAGGCUCACUUCUACCAGAACGUGGUCCUGACUGGAGGAAACACUUUGUUCUCUGGCUUCAGAGAGCGGCUGGAGGCGGAGCUUCGAUCUCUAGCCCCCGCCCACCUCCCUGUGUCCGUCCUGCAGCCGGACAAUCCGAUCAGUUACUCGUGGGAAGGAGGGAAGCUGCUGGCUCACAGUCCGGACUACGACGAGAUCAUCGUGACCCGAGACGACUACGAAGAGAACGGACAUUUCAUCUGUGAAGAGAAGUUUGAUAUCUGACUGAAACAGGAAGUCUCUUCUUCUUCUGCAGCAUCGUGGGGAAAACACCUGUAAAGAGAACGGAUGGAAGGAAGAACGGAAUUCAAAACGAGUAAAAUGUGAAGUUAAAUGUUUGUUUUUCUCUCCAGCUGUUAUGUUUUAUUUUGUACCCGAGUCUGUGCUGAUGGUUUUAUAUCCUGUUAAAAGUCUUUUUUUAUUGCUAGUAAAUUGUAAAAUGGCAACGGGUAAUACAUGAGUAUGAUUUAAGAAGUCUUAAACAUAUUGUUACUGGUUUAACAUUUUAUAUUAUAGAGGAGCACGGGUUUUAAUCCUGGGUUACUUCUUAUAAUUAUAAUAAUCUGCUUUCUGUGUCAGUCAAACAUCUAUACGUCUGAAUGUCUGUGAUGCUUUCAUUUUGUAGAAAGUCUCUUCACUAAUAGAUGUUAUUUAGUUUAGUAGACGGAGAAAUAAACUCUGUUAAAAGAGACAAAGAUGAAUCAGAAGAGAAGAAAUCGGCAAAGAAACAGCAAGCUUAGAUUUAAACAGGAACAGCUUCCUGUUUCAGUGUUUAAGAGUUUCACAAUAAAAGCAGUGUAGAACAAGCUGGAAUUAACUUUAUCAAAGCUCUUCAGACUUCACAUAUAAACAGAAGGUUAGUUACUGUUGGAACAUCAGCUGAUCUAAUCACAGUUUAAACCUCUUCAAUCUAUAUUUACUGAUCAAUAAUCAAACUUCUUUAUACUGUUUUUAUCUGUUCAAAUAUUAUUAAAGGACAGAAGAAGAA